AUGGCAUUGGCACCGGCACCACUCCUGUCGCCGAUCCCGGCUGCGCAGGCUGUUUCGGCACCGGCACCAGCACCUAAGGCCAAACAUCAUAUUGCACCUGCUCUAUCACUAUUUGCUGGGGGUGUAGCUGGAGGUGUCGAGGCUGCUGCAACAUAUCCCUUCGAAUUUGCAAAGACGAGGGCACAACUAAAGGGCUCCAACUUGUCUUCUUCAAACCCCAUUUCUCUCAUCACGCAAACGAUACGUGGAGAAGGUUUAGGUGCAAUAUACACCGGCUGUUCAACUUUGGUUGUGGGAACCACCCUCAAAGCUGGCGUUCGAUUUCUCUCUUUCGAUGCCGUCCGAAACUUGUUCGCGGACGAGCACGGCCGGUUAUCGCCAGGGCGGGGCGUACUUGCGGGAAUGGUGGCCGGCUGUGUCGAGGCCAGUGUAGCUGUGACGCCUGCCGAGCGUCUGAAGACAGCAAUAAUUGAUGACGCGAAAGGUCAAAAGAGGUUCAAUGGCGGAGUCCAUGCUUUCAAGACAAUACUAAAAGAGCAAGGCCUAGCGGGCUUAUAUCGAGGCAUUUUUCCGACAGUGAUGAAGCAGUCUGCCACAUCAGCAGUCCGCAUGGGUUCAUACAAUGUACUGAGGGAAUACACCAAGCGACAAAACAUUCCCACUAACAGCAUAACCACAUUUGCAACUGGUGCAAUCGCUGGGACAAUCACCGUCUACGCCACUCAGCCUCUUGACACAAUCAAAACGAGAUCGCAGGGUGCAUCUAAGGUUAGCACUGUGAAUGCAAUCCGCGACAUUUUCUCCACCUUGGGAGUACGGGGUUUCUGGCGUGGAAGCACCAUGAGAUUGGGUCGACUGGUCUUCAGUGGUGGAAUUGUCUUCACGGUAUACGAGAAGAUCGUUGAUGCAUUGGGUCCACUCACGCGAUGAUAAUCAAUAGGUAUCCUAGAUCAUUGCACUCACUGGCGUUAUUAGACUGGGCACUCACUGGCGUUAUUAGACUGG